AUGGCUUUAAGUAGAAUUUCUCUUUCAGACCUGAGGUCCGGUCGUUGCUCCUCCGCCGUCGAGGUGAAGCUCCUCCGGUUCUGUGAAGCCAGAAGUCUCAGGCGUGGUGGUGAGGUCACAAUUAUGCGUGCCAGUAUUAAUGCUAACCGAGUGCCUGUUUUCAGGCCAAAACUCGCCGCCGGUAACAUGUACCCUCUCUUCGACUUCGAUGUCAACCGUUGUGCUCAGAAUUUCCGGUUAAACGAUUCUCCUUUGGUGAUCUGGCUUUCUGAUCCAACCGGUUCUGAUGAGAUAACCGAACCGGUUAUCACUUUCGAAGAUUUAUGUCAUCUCCUUCACCUCUGUUCGUGCCUAUGGAAGCAUGUGGUUUGA